AUGUGGAUGUUAAUCUUUGUACUGACAGGUUGUAUCGCAUCUCUUACUAGCGGGCAAGCUCCAUCAGAUGAUGCGCGCCAUAAACUGGUAUCACUGAUCGGUGAUGUACGUGGCGCUGACGGACGUCGAUAUGCCUCACGUGAUAAUCUUGGAAACACUAUGGACUGUGUGAAGAUCAUUAAACGAACUGAUACCGAACAAUUUAUUGGAGUUUAUCAUACAUAUGUUAAUAAUGUGCCAAGAGUGAAUUUAGCUGUAUCAGAUGAUUUGUUAAAUUGGACGUGGCUUCGCGAAUUAGCCUAUUAUGGCUCACAACCGACAAUUGUUGUACCUGCUGAUCAACCUCAAGGCUACAUAGUUGCUUGGGAACAAGAACCGAGCAAUCACUUACGUUUUUCUUUUUAUCUCACAUGGUCCGACUUACAAGCUGGCACCUCUAAACUAAAUUAUUCUGUUCCACGUACAUUGUCCCGGUGCGCUGAAGGCACACCCAACAUAUACGGUCAACCCACAUUGAAUAAUAUUGAUGUCGGCUUUCAUUUUUAUGAUAAUUGUAUUGUUGAUCGACAAGCUCGUGCAACAUUGAAAAAUUUCAAUCUAUGGGUUCAAAUUAAGAAACAACCCAAUGUUGAUAAUGCUUUACUUCAUUACGGCGUACAAGGUAAUAUCGGUGAUCGUGAUGCUAUUUCAGAUUUCAAUGGUUACGCAUUCACUGCCAUCGAGGGACAAUAUACACCAAAAGAUUUCGGCACUUGGCGAACAUUCAUUUUUGAUCCUCAAACAGGCAAUGCUGAUCAAGUGACUAUUGUUACCGAUAAAGGCAGUCAAGCAUUUGCAAAUCCAACCAUAACAUUGACAACAUGGAAGGGUGAACGUAUUCUGAUCGUCACUCUUUUCAUUCCCAGUGAACAAUCAGCACCCGGUGAAGCAGGUGAACUCAUCUAUUAUCGUAAAUUAUAG